UUGUUAAGAAUGGCAGGAAAGAAACGAGACAAAGAAAGAGAGAGAGCGUUUUAUGAAAAUGGAAGCAAACUACAUGAGAAGCUGAUUGCCUCCUGUAAUGGUAGGCCAAUUCCUAUCUGUAACUACUCUUGUGAAGAACUCCAGCGGGCAACAAAUAACUACGAUCGUAGCCAUAUUUUUCAUGAAGAUGGGAUUUCUUAUUGGUACAAUGGUUCUUUUGAAGGCCGAAUGAUUUCCAUUAAGAAGUACUUUCGACACGACGACAAUGAAUUUCUUUUCACUGAUAUAGCUGUUUUUGCAAAGAUGAGCACUCACAAUAAUGUUCUAAAGCUCAUAGGGUACUGUCUCGAGACUCAAAUUCCCAUUUCAGUGUAUGAAUCUGCUGCCAAUGGAUCACUUAGGGGUCGAGUUAAUGUUACUAGUCAUGAUGGUGCACAACAACAUCAACGUGAGCCCUUGUCAUGGCAGAGCAGGCUAAAGAUUGCAAGGGAAAUUGCUCAUGCAAUUUCGUAUCUCCACACUGCAUUCUCAAGACCUAUUGUCCACAGGAACAUAAAACCAGGAAAUGUCUUCCUAGACCAACACGGUGUCGCCAAACUAACUGAGUUUUCAAUGUCCAUAUCGAUCCCUGAAGGUGAAACUCACGUAGAGGAUCAAGUUUGUGGAACUAUCGGUUUUUUAUGCCCCCACUAUAUUGCUACACAAUACAUAACGGAGAAAGUUGACGUUUACGGCUUCGGAUCGUUUCUAUUAGAGCUUUUAACUGGAAAGAAAUUGUUUGAUCUAUUAAACACCACAGACUUUUUUCAUGUUGAGGAUUUUGAAAAUGACAGAAAUUUUUUUACCAUAAAUGAGGUUGUGGAUCCUGCAAUCCUUGUAGGGGAAGAAGGAUCUGUUGUGUGGCGACAAUUACAAGCUGUAUUACAGCUUGCCCUCAUAUGCAGAAAAAAUGAUCCGGAGAUCAGGCCAGAUAUGGUUGAUGUUACAGAAGAGCUCAGAAAAAUUGAGAGGUUCAUCCUAUGAUUAUUUGAUCUACCGCUUCUAGCUCUCUCAUUGCUUUUGUAUUGCCGUAGGUCCAAGUGAGGGGAAGAGAGAACUAUGAGUGUUUGUCUUGUGAAAUUUUCUUUGUAAUUUUUCAGAAGUUAAGGGCCUGUAAUUUUCUGUGUAAUGUUAUUUGCAUUUUUUGAAAAUACGU